AGUUCAUAAUACAGAAAUUGGGGAAGAUAGAUGCAUAUGUCAGGGUUGUAAUCAGCGAACAACAGCAAGGUUCAAGAGAAAUUGUGUGGUGUGGAAGAGUGAUUUUAAAGCCCUAAGGUAUCAGAACCCUAAUUUUGGUGUUACUACUUCAGCAUAUCAUCAAGGUAGCUAUUGGUGAUUAGGGUUUCUCCAGCAAUCUGAAGAUGAACAAAUUGGGAAGGGGGCAUCGUGACAAGGUUCAACAGUUCAUGACAAUUACUGGGGCAAGUGAAAAAGUUGCUCUUCAGGCCUUGAAGGGCAGUGAAUGGCAUCUCGAUGGAGCUUUUGAUGCAUUCUACAGUCAGCCUCACACCAAAUCAUUUACUGAUACGAGACAUUUAGAGGAAUUGUACAAUAGAUACAAAGAUCCUUAUGCUGAUAUGAUUAUGGCUGAUGGUAUUAGUACCCUCUGCAAUGAUGUUCAGGUGGAUCCUCAAGAUAUCGUUAUGUUGGUUGUUUCUUGGCAUAUGAAGGCUGCUACCAUGUGUGAAUUCUCAAAGCAGGAAUUUGUCGGUGGCUUGCAAUCUCUUGGGAUAGAUUCACUUGAGAAAUUCCGUGAACGGAUACCAUUUAUGCGUUCUGAGCUGAAAGAUGAUCAAAAAUUCAAGGAGAUAUAUAAUUUUGCAUUCGGCUGGGCAAAGGAGAAGGGUCAGAAAUCUUUGGCAUUGGAUACAGCAAUCGGGAUGUGGCAACUGUUGUUUGAAGAAAAGCAGUGGCCGUUGGUUGAUCAUUGGUGCCAGUUCUUGCAGGCCCGGCAUAAUAAAGCUAUUUCUCGAGACACUUGGUCUCAACUACUGGAAUUUGCAAGAAGUGUGGAUCCUACACUAUCAAAUUAUGAUGCUGAAGGUGCGUGGCCGUAUCUAAUCGAUGAAUUCGUCGAGUAUUUAACAGAAAACAACAUAAUUCAGAAGGGUCAUGUGAAGGAUUGGGGUCAGAAAUUCUAAGAGUCCAGAUUUGGUCUCUGCUUCUUCAUUUGCAAGUAAGUCUCGCAUCGAUUCAUCAUUGAAAAAACUCAAAUAUAUGUAUAAUUCACAAAAAGGAAGUGGCGUGUGUAUGCAUUAUGAUGGCUCGGCGAUUGUUAGAACUUUUAAUUCAUUUGUCAAAACCUUCAAGGAGUUUGUUU